UCCUCCUCCAGGAAGUGAAAAAAGGCGUCAAAUAAGGAGGAACAAGGGAAACGCGUCCUCCUCACAUCUGUCCCUUUCCCUCAUUAAUCCGUUAAUCACAUUAAUGUUUUAGAUUGUCGUGUAACGCGGCUGUACGAUGUCCACUAGAGCUCGAAACAGAGAGAUCUGCGCGGACUGCAGCGCGCCUGAUCCUCGUUGGGCCUCGAUCAAUCGUGGAGUUCUGAUCUGUGACGAAUGCUGUAGUAUUCACAGAGGCCUGGGCCGCCACAGUUCUCAGGUCCGACACCUGACCCAAACCUCGUGGCCCUUGUCUCAGCUCCAGAUGGUGAAGUCGCUGUACAAUAAUGGAGCAAAUUCAAUCUGGGAACACAGUCUUCUGGAUCCGUCUUCCAUCAUGAGUGGAAAACGCAAAGCCAAUCCUCAAGACAGAGUCCACCCCAACAAAACGGAUUUCAUAAAGGCUAAAUAUCAAAUGUUGGCAUUUGUUCAUCGAAUGCCAUGUCGCGAAGAUGAUAGUGUUACCGCCAAAGACCUUAGCAAGCAACUUCACUCUAGUGUUCGAACCGGCAAUUUGGAAACGUGUUUGAGGCUGUUGUCGUUGGGAGCGCAGGCUAACUUUUUCCAUCCAGAGAAAGGAAAUUCUCCCUUACACGUGGCUGCUAAAGCAGGCCAGCUGCUACAGGCGGAGCUGCUCACUGUAUACGGAGCAGAUCCUGGAGCGCCAGACAGUUCUGGGAAGACUCCUAUUGACUACGCCAGGCAGGCAGGGCACCAGGAACUUGCAGACAGACUGGUGGAGAUCCAGUUUGAGCUGACAGACAGACUAGCGUUCUAUCUGUGCGGAAGAAAGCCAGAUCAUAAAAAUGGUCAACACUUUAUAAUUCCUCAGAUAGCAGACAGAAAUGUCAGUCUUGACUUGUCAGAAUUGGCCAAAGCAGCAAAGAAGAAGCUUCAAUCGCUCAGUAAUCAUCAGUUUGAAGAACUAGCCAUGGAUGUUUACGAUGAAGUCGACAGAAGAGAAACGGAUGCAGUCUGGCUAGCAACUCAGAACCACAGCACCCUGGUAACGGACACCACGGUAGUACCAUUCCUCCCCGUCAACCCUGAAUAUUCCUCCACUAGGAAUCAGGGACGUCAAAAGCUAGCCAGGUUUAAUGCACAUGAGUUCGCAACGCUGGUUGUUGAUAUUUUAACUGAUGCCAAGCGUCGUCAGCAAGGAAAUUCUCCUGAUAAUUUUAAAGAUAAUGUGGAGUUAAUUCUGAAGGACAUUGGGAACCGUCAUGGCAGUGAAAGUCCAGAGAUGGAUCAGCCGGAUUAUGAUAGUGUCGCGUCUGAUGAGGAUACAGAGCAUGAACCAACAUCUGGAAAAGAUGAGCGGACCAAGAGCUCAGAAUCUUCAGACUUGUCGGACAGCCCCAUCACUGUGCAGGAGUUCAUGGAAGUGAAAAGUGCUCUCACUGCCUCCGAAGCAAAGAUCCAACAGCUCCUCAAGGUCAACUGCCAUCUUAGUGAGGAGUUGAGACUCAUGCAGGGCAAGUUGAAUUCCCUCCAGAAUGAGAAUAGCACUCUGAAAUGGCAGACUCCUAACAGUUUGGCGAGACCACAGGACCUACCAAACAGGGCACCUCCACGUGGCUGCAGGGCUAUGUCGAUGUACGAGACUGGCUCGGGUCUAAGGCAAUACCACCCUAGAGGAGAAACAGUGUGCCCUGACACAACUCUGACUCUUCAACCACUGCCGUCAAAUAUUGGGAAGGGUCCCUCGGUGACUGCCUUCUCCUCACUUCCCACGUUCCCCUCAACUCUGUCCUGGUCCUGGGAUGAAAUAACCCAAAGGGGAUCCAGCUUAGAUUCCCAGAGCGGCAUGCCAGAAAGCGAAUACGAUAAUGCACUCAACCACAUCGAGAUGGACGAAUCUGGGUUUGUCUUUGUACCUCUUGUUGUUUGCAAUUUUUUUAUUUUUGACACUGAGACUGUUAACUUUAACCAUAGGUCGCAAUUAGAAAACUCGACUGAGGGCGACUGUUCGUCUCUACCGUGCACAGAGGAUGUCAUCAGCAAAACAGAACUGAUCACAAAGAACAUCCAGGAAUUACUCAGAGCUGCGCAAGAGAAUAAACAUGAGAGCUUUGUCCCGUGUUCAGAGAGAAUUCUUGUAGCAGUAACAGAAAUGGCUACGCUAUUCCCUAAGAGGCCAUCCUCUGAGACGGUUCGCGGGUCCUUGCGCCUCUUGACCUCCAGUGCCAGCCGUCUGCAGGGCGAAUGUCAGAAGGCCACAUCACACGACUCCCAGCAGGUCAUUCAGUGUGCCUACGACAUUGCCAAGGCAGCUAAACAGCUAGUUACUGUGACUACCAAAGACAGUAACUGAGUUACAGUACAAGUGAGAGCCUUUCCUGUUCAGUGUUCCACCAUGUAUUUUUUAUUUUGCUAUAAUUGUCCAGUAUUAUUGAUGAGCAACACAGCACAGUCUGGUUUGUAUUACUGCAAAUAAUUACUUGUUUUUUAACUUUAUGCAUACGUACACUAACAUAACAGCUAGGGCACUAAACCUUGAUAAUCAAUGCCCUGUUUUUUUUUUUUUUUUUUUUUUUUUGGUCCUAGCUUUUUAAAUGUAAACUAAUAUUUGUUGCGCUUCCCAUGGUGCUAAUUAACUGAUUUGUUAUUGUCUGUAUCGCGUCUGUUUACGGAUGAACAGAACAGGCCUUUACUCAUUCAGUACCUGCACAUUUCAGAUAUACCACAUGCAAAGUUGAAGUGAGACUAAACCAGAAAUCAUAAAUAGCUGUUAUUGCUGAAAUUCAGCUGGUGUAUUAAGUGUUUCUUUGUCUUGAAAACCAGCUCACUCCACAUGUGACCGUGAUGUAGAUGUCAGGACACACAAUGCCUCAUUUCUUGUGCAAUAAAUAACUUAUGCCUCGCUGCAAAAUCCUAUCUUGCCUGUCCUGGUGUUGCCAAUGUAUUAAGUAUUCAGAAGUGUAUAGUCUUAUGAUGGAGUGCUUUAGUAUAUUAUCAUACCUCACUGUGUGUGUGUGUGCGAAUGUGUGCGCGUGUGUGUCCACUUAUUGUUAUUCAAACUAGUCCAAACGUACUUUUUUUAGUUUCUGUUCCUUGCGGUUUAAUCCUAGGCAUGUGUGUGUGAAGGUUUUCAUUCAUCAGAGAAUGUCAGAGUUUAUUCAUAGACAACGGCCUGAUGUUUUAGGGAUGCUCUCGUUUUAAUUUGCGUGUCCAAAGGAUGUGUUUAUCUGUUGCCUUGUCUGAAAUAAUACAAAUAACACAAACAAUUGCCUAACGGCCACCAGCUGCUGUGUUAGUGAUUCCGGUAUAAUGUGGUAUCGCUUUGUAUUAUUCAGUACAUGUAUUAUAUUUAUAUACGAGUUAUAUGUAAGCUGCUAGUUGUCAGUCAUGUAUGCAACUAAUCUGGUGCGCGAUUUCCAGCUCUUAAUAUCUGCCGGAUGUGUACACGUGCACUUACCUGCUCAGUUCUGAAGGUCAAGUUGGGCCUUCAUAUGGGAUAUGCAUCAUGCAGUUGAUGCUGCUUCAAUGAAAGUCUUGUUACUAAAUAUAAUAAAUUUUAACUGUACUCAAGCUAAAA